AUGACUGGAUCAAGCUCCUCCGGUGGUGAUUUACGAACACCACAAUUUAAUGGAUCAAACUACGAUUUUUGGUCCGUAAAAAUGGAAACCAUUCUCAUAGCAUACGACCUAUGGGAUGUGGUUGAAGUUGGUCUUGCUGGACAACAAACAACCAGAGAGGAAACCUCUGAGGAAGAAGAAGAAAGCGAGUCAGAGCAUAUUCCAGUUGAAAAACCAGUUGUUUCAAAGGAAGAAAAGAUCAAGAAUGCCAAAGCUCUAAGCCUCAUUCAAGGAGCAAUCACUGAUGAACUUUUUCCCAGAAUCCGAAAUGAGAAGACUGCAAAGGGUGCCUGGGAAAUCCUGAGAAGAGAGUUCAGAGGAGAUAAAAAGGUAAGAGCUGCUGUGAAAUUACAAGCCAUUAGAGCUGAUUUUGAAUAUCUAAGGAUGAAUGAUGUUGAAUCUUUGGAUGACUACCUGGCUCGGUUUUUUGAAAUAGUAAACAACUUGAAAUCUCUAGGAGAAGAUGUAACAGAGAAAAGAAUUGUUCAAAAGUUGUUGAUGAGUCUAGGUAGGAGAUAUAAGUCUAUAGUGUCAAUCAUUGAAGAAACCAGAGAUCUGGACACUAUUAGAGUUGAGGAAGUCUUAGCUUCAGUGAAGGUCUAUGAUAAAAGAGAAGACCUGCAUGAUGAAAGAGAGAAAUAUACAGGUACUGAGAGAGCUUUCAGCAGCCUUAAAGUCGGAGGAAAUGGAAAUGGGAAUGGAAGUGUCAAAGGGAAUCAGUAUAAGACAAACCCAAAAUGGGGUCAGUAUAAGAAGGGUAAGAACUGGUCUCAAAACACCUGGAAUAAUGGAAGUGGAAGUGGCUGGAACAACAAAUUUUCUACACACAACAGGCAAUCAAGUGGCAGCCAAGGAAAUGUGAAACCUCAGUGUCAAGUCUGUGAAAAAUACCAUUUUGGUGUGUGCAGAUACAAAGGAAAAGCCAAGUGUGGAAGGUGUAAUCGAUUUGGUCAUUUAACUAAGGAUUGUGACAAUGGUAAACAAGUUGCAAACUGUGCAAAGGAAGAAGAUGCAGUCACAGCAACCAUGUUCUAUGCUUGUCGUGCAAGUUCAAUUGCAUCAAGCAAGUCAGUGUGGUUUUGUGGACAGUGCAUGUAG